GUAAAAAAUCAAUAAAAUGAAAUUUAUCUUACUUUUACUUUUCCUUCUUUUAAACAUCCUUACUGAUGUUGCUCAAGGAAUCGUUAUAAUACCAACUAAAAUUCAAUUAAGUAAUAGUAAUCUUUUUUGGGCAUUAGAUGGUUCUAAUGUUAUUUUAAGCCCAAAUGGUAUCAAAUGGGCAAUUUAUAACAAUGAAAUCUCACCUUAUGGUAAUGACACGGUCGCCGUCCAAUACCAAGGUCCUGGCAAACAACUCGCUAUAGCAAAUAAAGGUGGACCUGUUGAAAUAUUGGAAAAAUGGGAUGUCGGAAGCAUUAUAGAACCUCAAAUUAUUCCCAAUGUUACCAUUUGUUCCAUACCAGUCCCUAGUGAAUGUGCAACAGCAGAUGGAAUGAAAGUUAUUGCUAAUGAUAAACAUACUGCUGGUGACCCUAAUCAGUUGUGGACAUUAGAGAGUCAUUUUUAAUUAUUUUAAAUGUACAAUAUUGAUAAAAUAUAUAGUGUGGGCAUUUUGUAUAGUAUAUAGCGUAGAUGUGUAACUUGCAUCAAAAAAAAAUAAAAAUAAAA